GAGGAUUUGCACUGGAUUCUGAUGGAAUGAUAAUGUAGCCAGAUUAUCAUUCCGGAUCUUCAUGUCUCCGUUUCCAUGUGAUUGCCCUUGAGGAUUGUUUGAAAGACAAAUAUUAACCCUUAGUUCCAUCUCUAGCAUUGGGUGAUAUCGGCAGACUCGUUGUCUUGCUGUCCAUUGACUAGUUGGUCACUCCAUCUUAUCACAACGCCCCCUGGUUCUUCUAAGCUUUACAUUUCUGAUUCAGACACAGACUAUUUGGGCUUUAUCAGUCCUGGUGUUUUUGUAUGUAUGUCUAUGUAUAGAAGUGAAUAAGGUAUUUGUUGUGCAAAGACUUUUACAUUCUUGCUCCAGAUUAUCUCACACUGAGCUGUUUUCUACAUGUUGAUGCAGAUUUUGCCAAAUCUAAUAACAGCUCAGCGUUACAUGUCCUUGAUAUCAUGUUUCAUCCUGCGGUUGAUCUACAUAUUUGAGGUAUUCACUCACCAUGACAGAUACGAACAGAGUGUGGCAUUCUUGUGCUAUAUGGUAUUAUGAUUUUGGCAGAUUACAUGCCAAGAUAUCACCAAUGGAACCAUGGAGAGGGCGAGGGAGGGCAUGAGAGGAGAGCGAGGGAGGAGCUCUUUUUAAAUGAUAGUCUGACACUAAUUACAGGCACAGAUAUAGCAGUCUGAAGAGCAGCAUAGUUUAGCUCAGAAUAAAACUUCAGUUACACAGUUGUGGAUCUAGGAGAAACGAGUCAGGCAGAGAUGCUGCCAUGUGUCAAUUAGAGCAUUGCAAGCUGAGUGAGGGGAAUGGAGGGAUCAGUUGAUAUUUAAAAGAUUUAUCACUGAGAGUCCCAGGAGCCCUGGGACAUCAGCCUGGUUGGCACUAGGUACACAAUAUUCAACUUGUUCUGGAUCUCCAUGUAAGGUGUCGCUGUUCUACUGCACAGGGAUCUGGACAUUGCCUGAAGCAUGAAUUGGGGCAGAAUGUGGAUAGCCUUUGGCUUAGCACUGGGCACACUGUUUGUUGCACCUGGACAUACAGGGACUUGCCCCCAUGAAGACACGCAAUUGAAACCCUGGAAUCCUGGACACAAUCAGGAGAAUCACAUGAUCAUUGACGGGAAACAAAAUCUUCUUCUAAUGUCCUCUGCAACUGUACACUCCAUACACAUCACGGCAGGAGGUAUACUUGUUAUUAAACCUGACAACAAUCCCAUCGUCCUCCGUACAAGAUAUAUACUAAUAGAGAAUGGUGGGGAGCUGCAUAUUGGGAGUGAGCAAUGUCCAUUCAAAGGACAUUUUACCAUCAUCCUCUAUGGAAGGUCAGAUGAUGUCAAGACACCUCAUGAUUACUUUGGGCAUAAAUACAUUGGGGUGGGAAGCGGAGGAACCCUUGAAAUUCAUGGAGAGAAGAAAAUGUCAUGGACUUUCCUCAACAAAACCCUUCACCCUGGUGGCAUGUCUGAGGGCGGGUACUACCUUCAGAAGAGCUGGGGGCACCGUGGUAUUAUUGUCCAUGCAAUUGACCCAAAGACAGGGGAUGUGAUUCAUUCAGACAGAUUUGAUACUUACAAAUCUAAAGACGAGAGCACACGCUUGGCUCACCACCUUAGAUCUAUCGCUGAUGGCAUCAUACUGUCAGUGGCUGUGAAUGAUGAAGGUUCCCGAAAUUUGGACGAUUCUGCAAAGAAAGCAAUGAUCAGACUGGGCAGUAGAAAGUUCUUAAACAUUGGUUUUAGGCAUCCAUGGAGUUUUAUCACGGUGAAGGGCGACCCAUCUAGUUCUGUGGAGGACCACGUGGAUUACCAAGGAAGCAGAGGGCCUGCAGUGGCUAAGGUACACAAACUUUUUCGAGCUGAAAACGGUGAACAAUUCAAUGUUUCUUCAACCAGCGAAUGGGUUCAUGAUGUGGAAUGGACUGAAUGGUUUGACAAAUAUGAAAAAUCAAGACACAGAGACUGGGAAAAGUUGUCUGAAUUUAAAGCAGCGUAUACUGGAAAAAUCUGCACAAACCCUAUUGAUAUACAGGUCACAACAGUUGAUGGAACCAAUAUACCAACACAGGUUUUCUACAAGGGGGGGCAUGAUUAUAGGUUUGAGUGCCGUCAGAAUGACCAGGUUCAUGCUCCAUGCCCUAACUACAAGGUCCGAUUUCUUUGUGGAAAGCCUGUGAAGCCCAGGCUGACUGUGACUAUAGAUACCAAUGUAAACAGCACCAUCCUGCACCUGGCUGACGAUGCUCAGUCCUGGAGAGCUGGGGACACUGUUGUUGUGGCCAGUACAGAUUACUCCAUGUACCAGGCUGAGGAGUUUCGGAUACUGCCUUGUAGGGCCUGUUCUCCCAAUCAAGUCAAAGUGGAAGGGAAGGCAAAGUAUCUCCACACCGGGGAAGAGAUAGACGGGGUUGAUAUGAGAGCUGAAGUUGGUCUCCUCAGCCGGAAUAUAUUGAUUUAUGGUGAAAUGGAGCCGCAAUGUUACAACAACUCUCUGUGUAAAUAUUUUGACUUCGACACGUUUGGAGGUCAUGUUAAGGUUGGCUAUGGAUUCAAAGCUGUCCAUAUUGAAGGUGCAGAACUCAAACACAUGGGGCAGCAGACAAUGGGACAUUACCCAAUACACUUCCACACAGCAGGAGAUGUGGAUGAAAAGGGGGGCUAUUAUCCUCCAACCUACGUGAAGGACCUCUCCAUUCAUCAUGCCUUUUCCCGUUGUGUUACUGUACAUGGCUCCAAUGGAUUACUGGUAAAAGACAUUGUGGGUUAUGACACUCUUGGUCAUUGUUUCUUCACGGAGGAUGGUCCCGAAGAGCGUAACACCUUUGACCAUUGUUUGGGACUUCUUGUGAAAGCAGGAACCUUGCUACCUUCUGACAGAGAUAGCAGGAUGUGUAGGACAAUAACUGACGGUUCCUAUCCUGGAUAUAUAGCCAAGCCCAGGCAAGACUGCAAUGCUGUGUCUACCUUCUGGAUGGCUAAUCCAAACAACAACAUCAUCAACUGCUCUGCUGCAGGGUCAGAAGAAACUGGAUUCUGGUUCAUCUUCCACCAUGUGCCAACCGGACCCUCUGUAGGACUGUAUGCUCCUGGGCGCUCUGAGCACACACCACUUGGACAAUUUAUAAACAAUCGUGCUCAUUCAAAUUAUAGGGCUGGAAUGAUCAUUGAUAAUGGCGUUAAAACAACUGAAGCCAAUGAUAAGGACAAGAGGCCAAUAUUUACCUUGGUUGGAUCAAGGUAUGGGCCCCAUCAAGACGCUGAUCCUUUCAAGCCUAGAGUACCGGCAAUAAUCCAGCAUUUUAUUGCCUAUAAGAAUCAAGACCAUGGUGCCUGGUUGCGUGGAGGAGAUGUUUGGCUGGAUAACUGCCAAUUUGCUGACAAUGGGAUUGGUCUUACUCUAGCUAGUGGAGGAACAUUUCCAGAUGAUGAUGGAUCUAAGCAAGAGAUUAAAAAUAGUAUUUUUGUUGGAGAGAGUAACAAUGUGGGGACAGAGACAAUGGAUCACCCAGUUUGGGGACCCGGAGGACUUGACCACAGUGGGAGGACCCUCCCAAGAGGCCAAAACUUUCCAAUUCGGGGUGUACAGAUCUAUGAUGGUCCGAUUAAUGUGGAAAACUGCACAUUCCGCAAAUAUGUCUCCCUGGAGGGUCGCCACACCAGCGCACUUGGCUUUCGUUUGAAUAACUCCUGGCAGAGCUGCCCGAACAACAACAUUACUAACAUCAUAUUUCAGGACGUACCCAUUUCUUCAAGAGUUUUCUUUGGAGAACCAGGUCCUUGGUUUAACCAAAUGGACAUGGAUGGGGAUAAAACAACAGUCUUUCAUGAUGUAGAUGGUUCGGUGUCUGAAUAUCCCGGGGCAUAUUUGGUGAAGGAAGAUAACUGGCUAUUGAGACAUCCUGACUGUAUCGACAUCCCGGACUGGAAAGGAGCUGUUUGCAGUGGGAAUUAUGCCCAGAUUUAUGUCCAGGCUCGAAGGCCUGCUAAUCUGAGAAUGACCAUCGUUAAGGAUGAGUAUCCUGAUAAUCCAUUGCAUUUAGAGGGAGCUUUGGGUAAAAUCAACCACUAUCAACAAUACCAGCCUGUAGUCACACUGCAGAAGAGCUACACAGUGCACUGGGACAACACCGCCCCUGAAGAGCUGACCAUCUGGCUUAUCAAUUUUCAGAAGAACGACUGGAUUCAAGUAGGAUUUUGUUAUCCUAGAGGGACAACAUUUUCCAUCAUCUCAGACAUACAUAACCGGCUAACAAAACAAACAUACAAGACGGGAAACUUUGUACGAACCUUACAAAUGGACAAAGUGCAACUAGUUUACCCCAACAGGGGCUAUUAUGUCUUUGAUGAGGAUUCUGGGCUCCUGUUCCUGACUCUGAAAGGUCAUAAUGAAAAGGAGCCGUUUGCUUUCUGUUCCGUAAAAGGCUGCGAGAGGAUAAAGAUCAAAGCUAUGAUCCCAGCGGGCUCUGGUGUUAGCGACUGCCAAGCCUCCGCCUACCCCAAAUAUGCUCAAACUCCCAUGGUGGAUGUGCCCCUUCCAAAGAAGUUGAAUAAAAACCUUUUGAAGAAGUCAAAAGAUCACUUCCUGGAGAUAAAAGUAGAGUCAUACAAUACCAGAUACUUCCAUCUGAAGGAUGACUUUGCCUACAUUGAGGUGGAUGGUAAAAAGUAUUUUGUUCCAGAAGAUGGGAUAAAAGUCGUUGUCGUAGAUGGCAAUCUUGGAAAAGUAAUGAAUAAUGCAAGUUUCAGAGCAUCUAUCCUGCAAGGAAUCCCAGCACAGUUUGAUAACUAUGUAACAAACAUCAAAGACAACUCUAUCGUGGUGAUCGUGUCGAAGGGAAGAUUGUAUUCCAAAGGAAUCUGGACCAAAGUGCUGGGAAAACUUGGAGCACAAUCAGACUUCAAGCUAAAAGAUAAAUUGGCCUUUGUCGGCUAUAAGGGUAGUUUCCGACCCAUCUGGGUUAAGAUGGCUACAGAUGUUGAGGCUGCGAAAAUCUUCCAAGCUGUCCCUUUUCCUGUGGAAAAGAAAAUGGCAUUAUAAAGAUAAGCGAUGGUCUUUGGAUGUUAUCACUGCCGUAACUGGGAGAACUGUAAGCUGUCAUAACCAGACGGAACGCACAAUCAUUUCUCCCAAGGACUCUGCACACACUGUGCCUAGCUCUGCAGAUUGCAUCAGUACAAACUGUGCCAACAGACUUGUUGUACUCCCUGUGCCAACUACCCACAUGAUCAGUGAGGUCUCGGCACGAAUGGAACGAAGAUGAUUUGUCCUUAGCACAUAGAAUACAUGUUAUUUUACAUGUACUUCAUGAGAGCGCCUUGUCUUGCUCUUUCUGAUCACAUGUUAAUAAUGACUGCUGCACUGCUCUCACAGAUGUCAGUGAUGAGAGAGCCUUCACAGGAUACAGUUAUUUGCAUUAUUUUAGUUUCCUUUUUUCACAGCAGGUUUUCUUUUUUUUUUUU